AUGUUCGCAUGUUCUGCUCUACUUUUUCUGGCACUCUCUGUGACUUAUCAAAUUCUACCAUCAACGCGGGCAUUCCCAAUAGAUUGCCAAAAGAACACUGCAUUCUGUUUAGAAAAAAUAACGAAGGACGUCACUCAAGUUCAGCAGAACAAAACAUUGGCGAAAUCUAAGAACUGUGUUGAGCUCUACUAUUCCGGUCAAAGGAUCAGCGGUGUUUACACAAUCGACCCAGAUGGCUCAGGCGCCUUUAAUGUCUAUUGUGACCAAACUACUUCCGGUGGGGGAUGGACAGUCUUUCAGAAGAGAAUGGAUGGCUCCGUUGAUUUUAACCGCACCUGGAAUAACUACAAAUAUGGCUUCGGUAACUUGCUCGGUGAAUUUUGGCUCGGACUGGACAAGAUAAACCGUCUGACACAAAACAAAACAAAGAACAUGCUUCGAAUAGAUCUGGGGGUAACUACGCGCCAAACUGUUCACGCUGAGUAUGAAUGGUUUGGGAUUGGGAAUGCUACGGCUGACUACCGCCUGUACAUUGGCAAUAUGACGAAUUCAACUGUUUCAUUUGACUCCCUCAAUCCUCACAAAGAUCUCAUUUUUGGUACCUGGGAUAGAGAUCCUGCCCAUUGUGCUCAAAAAAGAGGCGGAGGCUGGUGGUAUGGCAACAGUAGUGCUUGUGCUGUUUGGUCGAAUCUCAACGGAAUUUAUCCGCAUUGUCGAAAGGAAACCUGGGCCGAUAUCCAUUGGGGAAACUUAGAUCCAAACAGACCCGCGGGUAGCGCCCCCAUAUCAACUGAAAUGAAAAUUAGACCAGUGGAUCUUUUUUAAAAUUUUCUGACGGUAAAGUGUUCAUGUAUAUAGUGAUUUCUGCGUCCUCUGA